CGAUCGGGAAGGACGCACUAUCCCCGCAUGCUUAUCAGUCUGUACGCUUGCAAAUAUAUAGGAAUUCACUUUUUUUUCUUUGCUCACAGACGGGAACGUAGUGGCGGUUAGGAGAUGGUUUUGCAGCAUUCGCCCAGCUAGCAACGAGCGUUUGUUCUUCAUAACAUCAGCGAGCUGCAGUCACUGUAUACUGAACUGACUUCUGACAGCAAUAAACACACGCAUCACAAAGACACGGGUACUCAAGUUGAAUAUGGACUACGAAAGACCCAAUGUAGAGACCAUCAAGUGUGUUGUUGUUGGAGACAAUGCCGUGGGGAAGACUCGCCUUAUUUGUGCCCGGGCCUGCAACACUACCCUGACCCAGUACCAACUGUUGGCCACCCAUGUACCCACCGUCUGGGCCAUCGACCAGUACAGAGUCUGUCAAGAGGUCUUAGAACGUUCCAGAGACGUUGUGGAUGACGUAAGUGUGUCCCUCCGGCUAUGGGACACCUUUGGAGACCAUCACAAAGACAGACGCUUCGCCUACGGGAGGUCUGACGUCGUGGUUCUCUGCUUUUCCAUCGCCAAUCCCAACUCCCUACACCAUGUUAAAACCAUGUGGUACCUCGAGAUCAAGCACUUCUGUCCACGCACACCUGUCAUCUUGGUCGGUUGCCAGCUGGACUUGCGCUACGCUGACCUGGAGGCAGUCAAUCGAGCUAGGCGACCAUUAUCAAGACCCAUUAAACCAGGAGAUAUUUUGCCUCCAGAGAGUGGAAGGGAGGUCGCCAAAGAGCUUGGCAUCCCAUACUAUGAGACAAGUGUUUUCGACCAGUUUGGCAUCAAGGAUAUCUUUGAUAAUGCAAUCCGAGCUGCCCUCAUCUCCAGACGCCACCUACAAUUCUGGAAGUCCCACUUGAGGAAGGUCCAAAAGCCACUGUUGCAGGCACCAUUUUUGCCACCCAAAGCCCCUCCACCACUUAUUAAGAUUCCAGAGUGCCCAACCAAAAACCGGGAUGGCCCGAGGCAGCUUCUUGAGAGCCCCCUGUGCGUUGAUGUUAUGUUUGUUAUUCAAGAACACAUCCAAUUGUUUGCCCACAGGAUCUACCUGUCUACCUCGGCCUCCAAAUUCUUCGACCUCUUUCAGAUGGACUUCUCCGAUGAGUCCCAGUGCUUGGUGGUAACUGAGCGUCACGGGCGGGAUCAACUGAUGCGCACCCUAAGCCUGGACACGGAAGAGGACAUCAUGGUUCUCCCCAAUCUUUCGCCUUGCUCGCUCAGGGCAUCCAAGAGUGACGGAACCCUCAAGAUGAAGAGUUUCAGUGGAAUGCACUGGCGCACCAAGCUGUCCCUGGCCUCUUGGAGCAAGGCCUUCCAUAGCAUCCACAAGGAGAACGUGAUCAAUCCGGUCACGGGUGCGCCAGCUUUUAUGACUAUCGUCAAGAUGGAUCAUUCCAUUCACCAUGGACCGUUCAGCGCUGUCCUACGUUUCCUCUACACUGGUGAGCUGGAUGAGGAGGAGAAGGACCUGAUGAAGAUCGCCCAGAUUGCAGAGAUCCUAGAAGUGUUUGAUCUUAGGAUGAUGGUGGAGAACAUCAUGAACAAUGAGGGCUUCAUGAAUCAAGAGAUCACAAAAGCGUUCCAUGUGAGAAAGGCCAACCGAAUCAAAGAGUGUCUCACCAAGAAUAACUUCACAGAUGUGGUGUUCAGGUUGGAUGAUGGCACCAUUAAUGCCCACAAACCACUGCUGAUCUCUAGCUGUGACUGGAUGGCUGCCUUAUUUGGGGGCUCUUUCAUGGAGAGUGCAAAUGACGAGGUCUCAUUCCCCAACACCAACAGGGUAUGUAUGCAGGCAGUGCUGGAGUAUCUCUACACCAAUCAGCUGUCGCCCAUGGCAGACCUGGACCCAAUGGAGCUAAUCGCCCUGGCCAACAGACUGUGCCUUCCACGGCUCAUCGCCCUGACAGAGCAAUACGCUGUGAGCGAGUUCUUAAAAGCAUCUAAAGAUGGACAGGAUAUCGAUGGAGAGGUACUCACCUAUCUAGAGCUUGCUCAGUUCCAUAAUGCUAAUCAACUUGCUGCCUGGUGUUUACACCACAUCUGCACCCAUUACAACAGGAUAUGUGCCAAUUACCGGAAAGAGAUCAAGUCAAAAUCAGCAGGUAAAUGCAUUUCCUGAACAGUUACGAGACAGACGCA